UUCAGUUUUUCAAAUUUAUGAAUCGAGAUUUAAUUAUAUUUUCACCAAAUUUAUUUAUCUAUUGAAUUAACUCCAAAUAUAGCCAAUUUUAUCUGACCAACGCAAACAUGUUAAAGAUUCCUAUCUCAACGAAAGAUGACAUAAACGAAUCAGCAAAGCUUCAGCGGCGUUCCCAGUUCGAAGACGAACGAAAAAAACGAAUAUUCAAUGCUAAGCAGAGACUCUUUGGCUUAGACUUGCAGGCUUUGGAGCGUCAAAUCGCAGAAAAAAAGAAGCAAAGGCAAGUUGAAGCCGAAUGCGAACGUCUCUAUGAAGACCAGACUCAGCGUCAGCAGCUUGUCGUUUACGCAAAGUCUUUGGAAAUGGAUAAGAGGAAACACGUUGCUGAAGCAGAUCUAAAUUACUAUCGCUGCCGUUUUCAGAGUAAAGAUCAGCGGCGCGAGUUUGAUUUAAAUGAUCCGAAUUGGAUCAAGAAAGCUCUGCCUGCGCGUAUUGCCGAUGAUGAUACACGCCUAGGUAUUUCUAGUGCACAAGUUUUUUCCGGCGAAGAUCUCGGCCACAGCGAGCGCAAAUUGCGACAGAGAGCUCAACAACGUGCUUGGUUAGAUCAACAAGUUCAAGAACGCAAAAAAGCUGAGGAAGAACGCAUUACAGCUGAUUUAGUUAUGCAAGAGUCAUUAGUUUCGCGCGAAAAACGUCUUGAGGAUAUGGCAAACGCAGAACAGAAAAUACGUAACCAGAUGACCGCUGCUAUUUGUGAUUUUAACUCGCAAUUAGCGAAAUCUAAACGCUCCGACCGUGCUCGCGAAAAAAAGGAGAACGGCGAGGAUGAUCUGGCCGAAAUCUAUAACAUGCUUACCAGUGAUAUGCUAACUGAGAAUCCUGAUGUGGCACAGUCCCGAACGAAUCCAAAAAAGAAAAUAGCAUUCAUGUAUCGAGGUAUGACCGACGAAGAGCUAGCCAAGUUCCGUGAAGAACAGCUACAACAGAAAAUUAUUAACAAGGAGAGACAAGCUGAGCAACAGCUUAUGGAUAAGCAGUGGGAACAGUAUGCCCUUAAUAUGGACCGCGAGUUGAUGCUAAAGCAGUUAGAUUUGGAGCGGAAACAGAAGGAACUGUUAGAUGAUCACAAACACUACAAUGCGCGACUUGCGAUGGAGCAAAAAAUGCAAAAUGAUAUCAAAAACAAAGUACUAAACAAAAAUUACGUCUCCGAAGAGUUUUACGAUCAGUUCAACAAAACUUCACGUUAAAUGGGAACUCCAAGCUCAAAUUUUAUAUAAAACUUGGACAUGCCUGAAAUCAAUUAUGGAAUAAAUUUUAAGAUUUAUCUAACGUAGUAUCAAUUGCUAUGUAUAAGAACCGAAAUUUUGUACAUAUGUAUGUAUUAAAUGAUUUAAAAAGUAUA